AGCAGCGGGCUGUGUCCGUGGUGGUGUACUUUCUCUUCUUGUCUCACAGUGUGCAUACAUAGCACUCGCAGCCUGCAGACCUCGCGGCCCGUCCCUCUUCCUUAUAUCUGUGCAACCAAAAGGCCAUUCUCGCCUAUCGCCGGUAUUCGGCAGCCGACGCGCUCGCCGCAUAUCGUUAUUUCGGUUUUUCAGUGAUCAGUAUCCGAACCGCAAAGGACAGUUGACAUCUCUUCACUCAAUCCACCAGCUCCACAGCCUUGUAUAGCACAUCAUGGCACGAAAAGAUCCAUUACCCACUAUCCCAGCCAGGGCGUACGACGUAGAGCGGAUGACUACCACGCUCUCAAACAGCGCAGACAGUGUGGUGCCCACCGCCGAGGGCGUGAUCAGAGUUAGACCAUACCGUUCCUCAAGCAAUGCCCAGCUCAAGGCCGUACUCACCUUUACUCCUCGAGUAUCCGCCCUCGACAGGCAUAAUACGUCAUCGCAGACAGAUCAGUUUCGAGGUUUCUUCGUCCUCUUCUGGAUAGGUCUUGGACUUAUGUUUGUCCGCACAUCCAUCCUUUCUUGGGAGGAGAACCGGACACUAUUAUCAUGGUCGUUCGGUCGCCUGAUCACAGGCGACGCACUCGUCCUGGCAAUUUCCGACCUAAUUAUGGUACUCACCAUGUUCCUCUGCGUACCUUUUGUCAAGGGUUUGCAGUAUCGCUGGUUCAACUAUUACUGGACUGGCUUGAUCAUUCAACACAUUUUCCAGUCGGCGUAUUUGGGAAUGGCUGUCUGGUGGGGCUACCACAGGCAAUGGUAUUGGGUACAGUCUGGAUUUUUGGUUCUGCACUCCAUGUCUUCCAUGAUGAAGAUGCACUCUUACAUGGCCCAUAACGGUAUGCUGGCUACAGUCUACCACCGGCUACAAUCAGAGAAAAAGCACUUGGAAGAGGCCAUCGCUCAAUACCCUGGCGGCCGUGAAGCUCUGCUCGCUGAGGCAGCCUCAAGACAAGCAGGCCUCGAAGCGGCCGAAGCCAACCAGAGCACGGAAGCCUCUACCCCUCUUGGCACUCCUGGUAUCAAUACACCAAAUUUUACUUCUACAACAGGAUAUGAAGAACCUGUUGCUGCCAUCAGACACAAGAUGAUCAUUUCGGAAGGCACCGAACCAGAAUCAACGGGCCAUUCUUCUGCCAGAGAAGAGACCUCCAUUGAAGGUCAUCGAAGACGACAGCACCUCCAUAUCGACGCUCCUCACCGACGACCAUACGCUACAGACGCCCUCCCUUCCCCUCGUGCCGAUCUUCCGCUAGGUACCUCUCUAGAACCUUCUCACACUACUUCGCCCCAUACCCCGAGCCCACCCGGUGCGCUCGCGUGGUCUUCAAAUGAGGAAAUUGCGCUUCUCGCUACUAAUAUCGAUGCAAUGCAGGAAGAAUUGAAGAGUAAUGGAGCAAAGGGACUGGUAUGGCCUCAGAAUGUGACAUACAGGCACUUUUUGGAUUUUAUGUUCUUUCCGACGUUGGUAUAUCAGUUGGAGUAUCCCAGGACAGACACCAUGCGUCCAUUGGUCGUCGUUGAGAAGAUCAUUGCUACUUUCGGCACGUUCUCACUCAUCUACACGAUAACCGAACAUUACAUCAUGCCUUUACUGCCUACUGAAGGUGACACAAAGUCUUUGGUUAAGAGCUAUAUCAGUUUGGCUGGACCCAUGUUGCUCAAUUAUCUCUUGAUCUUCUACAUCAUCUUUGAAUGUGUUUGUACCGGCUUCGCCGAACUUUCAUACUUUGCCGAUCGGGAAUUCUACCAAGACUGGUGGAACUCUACAUCAUGGGAUGAAUUUGCUCGAAAAUGGAACAAGCCCGUCCACACUUUCCUCCUUCGACACGUCUACGCCUCGACAAUGACCACUUUACAGCUUACCCGUACAUCUGCCGCCUUUGUCACUUUCCUCCUCUCCGCCCUGUGUCACGAGCUCGUAAUGGCCGUGGUCACAAAGAAGAUUAGGCCGUACCUGUUUUUGAUGCAGAUGGCGCAACUACCAAUGAUUGCGUUGGGGAGAUUACCGAUCGUAAGGAGGAAUAAGACGAUUGGAAAUAUUGUUUUCUGGAUGGGUCUCAUGGCAGGAUUCCCGUUAUUGUGAGUAACCUAAUCAAUCAAUCACAUCCGGUUCAUUGUUGCGGUUGAUGACACGGACGGAUGGGAUUGACCGCUGAUGGUUGAGACUACAGGGCGAUCUGCUACCUUGUAUGGUAGAUGCGUUUUUUUGUGUAUGUGUAUAUGUAUGUGUAUAUUUAUCCAAGCUAUGACAAUGACAUGCAUUUCGUAUAACGUG